AUGGACUGUAUUGGAGCAAGCCAAACUUAUCGAAAGCAUCAUUCCGGCCACAAAACUCCUCGCCGGAUUCAACCUAGCAAGCAUGACAACCCGGGGAGAGAUCCUGUACCCACGAACGCUGAAGGGGUGAUGAAGACGACCCUUUUUGAGGUAGUGGAUGGUGAUAUUGGCUACAAAAUUAUACUGGGAAGGCCAUGGUUGCACGAGAUGAAAGUUGUGCCAUCGAUAUAUCACCAGUUGCUAAAAUUCCCAAUACUCGAGGGAAUUAAACGAAUAAAAGGUGACCAACUGGCGGCAAGGGAGAUGAAUGCAAUAUCAGUCUUAGUAGGAAAGGAAAAUAGCAUGUGA